GUUAUGAUGUAUGGAUGGGCAAUGCUCGUGGAAAUCGUUAUUCACGUAAUAAUACCCGCUUAUCAACAUUACAUCCAUACUUCUGGCGUUUCAGUUGGCACGAAAUUGGUAUUAAUGACAUAUCUGCGAUGAUUGAUCAUAUUCUUCAGACUACUGGAGAGACAGCAACGCAUUAUGUUGGACACUCACAAGGUACCACUGUUUACUUUGUGCUAAUGUCAUCUCGUCCGGAAUAUAAUGAAAAAAUCAAAACUGCACACUUAUUGGCACCUGUGGCUUUUAUGGGUAACAUGAAAACAGUGCUAGCUAAAUAUACGAGAAGAUUUAUUGGUCGUCCAAAUCAGUUGACAAGAAUGUUUGACACAAUGGAAAUAUUGCCUAGUACAUUGUUCUUUAAAAAUAUAUAUGAUAUCUAUUGUAUGAAGGAUCCAAAAUUGGCGUAUAUGUGCAAAAAUUUAUUUACUUUAUAUAAUGGCGAAUUGGGCAGGGACAGCAAUAUGAAUAUGACAGUGAGUGAUCGUAUGAAUGAGACCCAUCCAGCAGGAGCAUCUUCAACGCAAGUCUUGCACUAUAUGCAGGAAUAUGAAUCAGGACGUUUUUGUCAAUUGGAUUUCGGACAGAAGGAGAAUUUAAAGAAAUAUGGUCAAAGUACACCACCAGAUUACAAUUUAGCUAAUAUUGAUCCAGAUGGAUUACAUUUCUACUACUCUGAUGAAGACCAGUUGGCUUCGGAAAUAGACGUUGAAUAUUUAGCUGCACAAUUAAGUAAAGAACCAAAUAUGUUUCAUGUACCAGAUCCAACUUUUACUCACAGUGAUUUUGUGUGGUCUAAUCAUGUUAAGGAGAUGAUUAACGAUCGUAUAAUUAACGCUUGUAAUUUAUAUGAACAAUCAUAACUUCAAGCAUUUCGGAUACAUACAUAUAUCAGGAGUGCGUAAAUAUUUCUAAUUAUUAUUUUAUCAAUUUCGGUUAUUUUUAGUGUAGGAAUUCGUUCACAUAAAUAUAAUUUAUUCUUAUCUCAAGUGGCAAAUUAUGUAUGAUU